CUUACCCUUUUCAAAAUGAGACAAAGAAGACGAAGUCAGACGAGUCACGUCGUUCCAAGUAACGGCUACUUAACCCCACUCAAAUCCACCAAUUCCAACGGUCAUAUUUCUUAUUUCUUAUUUCUUCGCCUCAAUAACCAAACACUUCCACAUUAUAUACCUCUCUCCAUUAAUUCAAACCCUAACAGCAAACAGCAGAUACACAUAAUUCAGAGAAAUUCAAAAGCAGGCCAAUUCAAAAUGAUGAUGAAGAACCAGAAAAACAACACCAUUGUUGUAUUUGUUUUUCUUGCAUUAGCCAUUUGUAUUACCUCUCAACCAUCCAAUGCCCCUGCACCUUCUCCACCAAAAUAUCCGUCUAAACCUCCGCCAACUGCUCCGUUAACAUCACCGCCGCCCUCUUCUUCUUCUUCUUCACCGCCCACUCAUGCUCCCUCAACAUCACCACCCCCGUCUUCUCCGCCCACUUCACAAUCAACUUCACCAUCGCCAACUCCAUCAAUCCCACCACCCACUGCCGCUGCCCCUUCUCCAAGCGGGUCUCCUCCAUCUUUAUCUCCGGCAUCGCCGCCUCCCUCUGUUUCCACUCCUACUGCAACUCCAGUGACCGCUCCUACUUCGGCUCCUGUUUCCAGCCCGCCGUCUAUUUCCGAAGGUCCGACUACGGCAGCAACACCGGAGGUUUCUCCUGGUAUUCCUUCUAGUUCAGCAACACCGGAGGUUUCUCCUGGUAUUCCUUCUAGUUCAGCAACACCAACAGAGGCUCCAAUGGUGUUCCCUUCUACUAGCAGUCCGCCUAGCCCUACUCCGGCCAGUUUAUCACCGGAAACUGCUUUAAGUCCGGUUGUUGAUGAUACGGGUUCUGGGUCCAUUUAUGAGAGUCGGGCUGUUUUCAGCGGGUUAUUGGGUAUUGCUUGUGUUCUAGGUUUGGUCGUUUAAAAUUAAUUAUUAUUGCUGUUUAGCUUUCAACAUUAUUGCUCAUAUUUGUUUGUACUAAUAUUUUCUUGUAUGGCUAUUAUUGUCACUCAUUUUUUAUGAAUAAUAAACUCAUUAGUUUCUCCUUGAUUGAUUAAA